GGGCAUUUAUUAUCAAUCCAAGAUCAAUCCAAACAAACACAAACAAAUUUACAUUUUAUAAUCUUUUUUACGCAAUUUUAAUUACUAUGCCAGUUAUAAAAACUGGGUAUGGGAUUCCAAAGCCCCGGUUGGCGGCUGAGGGGAUCAUCUCCCAUGACCUGGAAGCCCUGUCACCGUUCCAACGGGACUGCACCACCCGGCUUGGUGCGGCGAUACAGGUGGAACAUGAGGCUUACCUUGCGGAGCACCCUGAGGUGCUGGCAAUGAUGAAAAGAUUUGUCGCAGAGAUGACCCGUGAGCGGAACUAUCUACCUCAAGACAGGAUACUGAGGGCUUCAGCGGAGUAUUUUACAAGACCUGAGGAGGUUUUGGAGGAGGAAGUCAGACAGGAUCUUGGCUUGACACCGGACCAACAUUAUACUCAGGCCAAGCUGUCAUGGCAUAAAAAAGACGAGUUUAGUACUUUGGGAGGGGAGCUAAAGACCAUCAAGGAAACUCACUUUCCCCCUGAUUUCUUCGACCUGAAGUCUUCCUCUGCGGACAUACCAGAGACAGUGUCAUCUACAUUCGUGUCUAUAGUUACUUCAGACACCACUUUGCCUACCCCAGAUCCGAUUCCAACCCCAGAGCUGACCGUAUAUGAGACCCUUUACCAGUACAUAUCAAACGCGUGUGACAAAGCGAUAUACACGAACGUCAGUGAUGACAUACUGCGUUAUGACACCGCGUACGUGGAACUAAUGUGCGCUGUCGAGCGAGCCAUGGAGAUCCCAGUGUCAGGUGUCAAGGAGGAUAUAGCUGAACUGCUCUACAAUGCCUACCAAAUGUUCGAAGUCAUCAUUCGAGAGAAGGAGCAAGUUGCUGCUGAAAUCGCUUGGCAGAAGAGAAUGAGGAAGAAAUUGAAGACUUCUUUGCGGUUGAUGAAUAAUUUCCGGGGCUACGAGACCCCACCGACACCUAAGAGCACGCUGUCUUCACACCCGAGCUACCUGGUGCCUCUUCAGCGGCCGUGCGAGUGUGCCCCACAGUUCCACUACAACCGAUACCCAAAGGACCGAUUCGGAAGGUAUCUGCCACAACCGGAACCAUUUAGUAACAAAAAUGUUACAAUAACUCCGCAAUUUUCUAUUGAAUCUGUAACAAAGAAAAGUGAGGAAGAAAAGAUUGAGGAAGAAAAUCUUAAAGAAAGAUCAGAAGAAGAAGAAAUAGGAGAAGAAUCUUUGAAAGAGGAAAAUGAAGAAGAAAUUGAACAGGGUGAGGAGAAAUCCGUGCACAGCAAUGAAAUUAUUGCCUAAAUAGGUGCUGCAUAGGAUGAAACUGAAAACAGUUUAAUUUCAUGUUUGUACUUGUGGAAGCGAUUUAGAUUAAACCAGCUUAUGCGCCGUCAACAUUUUCA